AUGUAUGCAGAUUUUCUAAUACCAGCCCUGGGGAGGCCCCUGCACCCUGGUAUGCUGUAUAAUGCUCGCAAUGACACAGUUAUUCCAGGACUGAAGCUGUGGGAUGAUGCAGACAUGCAAAAGGUGCUGAGGGUCAGGGGGCAGCAGAACACCAGCUUUAACGUGACGGCGUCCGACUCCUUGUCCAAGAAAUCCAAACUGCUUGAUGUCCACGCAAGCCUGAAGGCCAGCUUCAUGUCUGGCUUUGUGAGUGUGGAAGGGAGCGCCCAUUACCUGAAGGACAGGACCACGUCCAGGCACCAGUGCAGGGUCACUCUGCAAUACAAAGAGACCACUGUGUUCCAGGAGCUCCUGACGCUGGAGAUGGACAUCAAACACCCAGAGGUCUUCGACAAGAAUGAGGCCACGCAUGUCGUCACGGCGGUGCUUUACGGGGCAGAGGCCUUCAUGGUGUUUGACCAGAUGGCCGAGGACAUCCUUAAAAAGCAAGAGAUCCUAGGUGAGCUGAAAGUCUCUGUCAACAAAAUACCACAGCUUGAAAUCUCAGGUUCGGGCAAGGUGGUCAUCAACGAUAAGGAGCAGCAGAAGGUAAAGCAGUUCAAAUGUACUUUCCAUGGUGACUUCAAGCUGAAAGAAAACCCGUCUACCUAUGAAGAAGCUGCCAUUGUGUACAAGAGUUUACCAAAAAUGCUUGGCCAGAAAGGGGAGGCCGCGGUACCCAUCAAAGUCUGGCUGUACCCUCUGAAGAACAUAAAUCCUAAGGCUGCCCAGCUGAUUCGUCAGGUGAACUCGACUCUGGUGGCUGCCUUCGAAGCUGCGAUGGAGGAUCUUCACCAAGCACAGACCCGAGUCCAUGACCUGAUAAAGGUGAGCAAACUCAUUCCAUUGGCUGAGAUCACGACAAAACUGGAGGUUUUUCAAAUGAAGCUGAGAGGAUACACUGUGGUGCUGAAGAGGAAAGUGCUCGAUGUGCUGCCAGAAAUCAGGGGUGGCACCGUGGAGGAGACCGCCUUUGAAGAUAUCAUGAAGUUCCACCAUGAAUCCUCUUUCACUAAGAAAGUCAUGACAGAGUGGCUAGAUGAAAAAGAAACUGAGAUGGGCAUCGUGUCCUCUUAUGUCCACCUCAUGAGUGGCAUACCAGUCGUGCCCCCAGGGCCCAAUCUGCACAAAGUCCUUUACUACCCAAAGCUUGAUGCCGUUGCCAUGUUCAGCUUCACCUUGCUCGAGUAUGCUGAGCCGUAUCUGGCCAACCUCGAUGAGUGCCUCCGCUGUGAGAAGUUCAUAAAGAUGGACGACGUGAAGGUUGCGAUGGAGAAAUCAUUUGUGAAGAACACCGUGCCAUGGUAUGAGCAUCCCGAGGCCAUCCCUGCCAUGCGAACGUGCCUGAAUCACUUUUUCCUGGUGAAGGCCCGCUGCGACAAAAACUCCCUGCACACUGCUCUGAUCAGCUUUGUGUCAGAUUCCUCUUACCCAGGAUCCUCCAUCCGCGUGUAUAGGAACGGGAAGUGUGUGAAUCCGCAUUAUAAACCUUCAAACACACAGAAGGAGUCGGGAAGAGACAUCAACGAUGGCGGUCGCUCAAAAGCAGAUGGAGCCCAUGACCCAGGAGACGACCAGUUUGGGCAGAAUCCCAUACCUGAUCAUCAGAUUGGACAAAACUUGGAUCCCCCUGACAGAAUCAGUGGAUCCCAAAACCCAUCCAAAACCACCUCAACCAAAAAAGAGUUCUGGUGUCCAUAG